AGACUUCUAUAUAAACAUUGCAUUCACAUAGUUUCUCCUAUCACCACUAUCUUCCUAUUCUCUUAUCUUAUCCUUCUUUGUUUUCUUCUUCAACAUGUUCAACAAAUUUCCCCUGCAGUUUCUCUUAUUCUUCCUGAUUUUCUCAUGUCUUCUUCUUUCAUCUUCUUCAAGAAGAAUUUUUACAAAGGAUGAAAAAUCCUCCUCAAUGCAAACUAAACUAGUUAAGGAAAGUGCUAUUGGAUUAAUAAAAGGUGAAGAUUUGUUUGAAGCUAGAGAAGAAUUGAUGGUAAAGGAAAGAAUGAAUUUGGAAAUGGAUGAUUAUCCAGGGACAGGAGCAAACAAUCAUCAUGACCCUAAUGCACCAGGAAGAGUUUGAUUGAUGAAUAAAUUUAUUCAAUUUUAUUGGAAUAUUAUUCCAUAUACAUGUCAUGUGGGACAUACUUAUAGAUUAUUGGUUUUGUAAUAUGUUUUCAUCCACAUUUUUUAACGGAUGUUAUUUGUUUGUCUGUAAAUUAUAGAUGAUUAUUGUAGUUAAAGAUAAGGGUUAUUUUA